UACCCCAGCUCAUCUUCUCGAACAUUGCUGGUUCUGUCGUUUCGUCCGAUCGCUUGUGUUCCGGUAGCGCACUUUUCAUCCUGCCACUGAUAUUGCGAUGGUGUGUUUUAGCGCGCUAGAAGAAAACGACCUGGCUAUAGGACUUGCUUCAUUUAUAAUGCGGAAGUGUUUAGAAGGGGAGGGGGAAGAGCCUGGGAAAUUGAUCUGGGGUAUGUUCGAGCCGAGGCGGAGCCCAGAUUAGGUGUCCGUGGCGAUGGGAUAUAAAUCCUGGGUUUGCGCUUCUUCCAAGCCGGAGAGAUCGAAGGACAUUCAAGAUAUUGACAAAACAUGGUUGCUGUCUUCUUCAAAUCGGCGCUUGCGGCCGCGCUGCUGCAAGGCGCGCUCGCCGCCAACGGCACAACAUGCACCGGCACCUUCACCCCAAUCUCCGCCUCCGCCUUCGUUGACGCCAUGAACCCCGGCUGGAACGUUGGAAACACACUGGACGCCGUGCAAACAGAAGGCGACUGGAACAAUCCGCCCGUUGUCUCUGAAACCUUCGACGACAUGAAGACCGCGGGCUUCAAAGGGAUCCGCCUUCCCGUCACCUGGGCCUACCACUUCACGUCCCAAUCGCCCGACUGGACCGUCGACCCCGCCUGGCUCCAGCGCGUCUCCGACGUGGUUGAUAUGAUUACCCAGCGCGGGUUCUACGUUAUCGUGAACGUGCACCACGAUUCCUGGGUUUGGGCCGAUAUCACGCAAGCCAGCGCAAACGUUACACAGAUCGAAGAGCGGUUCUACAGGCUGUGGUAUCAGAUUGGCACGAAGUUGGCGUGUAAAGGGAGUAUGGUGGCGUUUGAGCCGAUUAACGAGCCGCCGGGGACGACGGCCGAGCAUGGCGCCGAGCAGAAUAAGCUGAACGACAUUUUCCUCCGGGCGAUCAACGAUGCGGGUGGAUUCAACCCGCAACGCGUUGUUACGCUUGUGGGUAGUGGAGAGGAUGCGGUGAAGACAAGCCAGUGGUUCAAGCGGCCGGAUGCGAAGUUUAAGAAUCCGUGGGCCAUUCAGUAUCACUACUAUUCUCCUUAUGACUUCAUCUUCAGCGCCUGGGGCAAAACAACCUGGGGCUCCGACGCCGACAAAGCCACCCUAGAAGCCGACCUCGCAGCCAUCAGGGGCAACUUCACGGACGUGCCCCUCAUAAUCGGCGAAUGGGACGCAACCUCCGUCCAAAUCGAGACCGCCGCCCGCUGGCGCUACUUCGACUUCUUCGUCCGCACAGCCGCCAAAUAUAACACCGCCACCGUGCUCUGGGACAACGGCGCCGACCACUUCAACCGCGCGACGCACCAAUGGCGCGACCCAACCGUGCUCUCAAUUCUAAUGAACGCCGCUAAGGGCGUCACCAAUUCCCUGCCAGACAGCACGACCGACGGCGCGGCAACCAGCCAGUCCAGCUCCGCAUACGCAUACCACAAGCUCAACACCAGCGUGGCCGACAUCAGCCUGCCCUUCCUCUUCAACGGCAACACCCUGACGUCCAUCACGAACGGGAACAAAGCCCUCGCAAAGGGGACAGACUACGCCGUCAGCAGCGCCAAUAUUACGCUCACCCGCUCUUUCCUAUCGACCAUCAUCACGCCCGCCGCUGGGAUGGGCAGUCUUACAAACCUCACGCUCUCUUUCUCCGCAGGCUCCCCCCUCACACUCAACAUCCUGCAGUACUCCACGCCCGUCCUGGGCGCCACUAGUUCCGCGCUCCCUGCGACCUCGGCCGACCUGCUCAUCCCGAUCACCUGGGCGGGGCAGAACCGUCCUGCUACUGUGAAGGCGACCAAGAGCGACGGGACGAUCCUGAUAGAUGACUGGACGCAGUGGCUGGGCCCGCUGCAGCAGGGUAGGAUGACGUACUCGGGCCAGUGGGAUUGGGACGGUAGCCAUGUUAUUCUGAGGGCGGCGGUACUGGACGCGGUCAGGAGUGCGGGGAAGACGACUACUUUCACUAUAGAGUUCUAUCCGCGGGAGCCUAGCAAUGUGGCGAAUUACACCAUAACGGUGUAGAUGAGGUUAGGAGCUAGGGGCUAGUUAGGGAGUAAGUGCUUUUGUAUAUAGCUCGGUUGGAGGGGGCUUUGUUGACUGUAUAUAACUU